AUGAAAGCAGAGAUAAAUGCGGCAACGGAAUUUCUGUCAAAGAUUUUCCUUGCUCACGACAACAUAAAGAAGGAGAAGGUUGCCGAGUUCAAACAGCGUCUGGCUGCCCUGUUGGAAGAGAGGUUUCGCAAUCACUGGCAUGAGAGCUUCCCGACAAAAGGCCAGGCUUAUCGUUGCAUCCGCAUAAACCCGGAGGAGUGCCUGGACCCUCUCAUUGAGAAAGUGUGCAACGAUGUCGGUGUGAAUGUUAAAGAUUUCAAUUUGCCCUUUGAGUUGACCCUCUGGGUUGAUCCAACAGAGGUUGUUUGCAAGUUUGGUGAUUUAAAGUGCUCUUACCAUACAGUGGCCAAGAAAGAUCAGACAUCUGGCAACUUGAACAGUCAGACGGAACAUUUGGAUAUUGACGAUCUUGUGGAGAAUGCCCGAGAACUCUACCUGAAGAAGCAGACGGUUGUGGUGCAUCCUGUGAACUCCACGGAGGUGCAUGUCCAGAGCCCUUAUGCUGAUGGCUCUCCUAAUAGCUUUACUAUGGCAGUUCGGAUGAGUGGAACUGCGCACUGUAAUAUGUCUGGCUCGCCUCCUCCUGGUUUCGAUGGGUCCCCUCGGGGCAGAAAACCUCCUCAUAUGACGCACAAGAGAGGCGGUGGGUACCAUUAUUAUGGGAAGAGUUCUGGUGGGAAAGGUGGUUUUGUAGCCAAUGGUGUUAGUAAUGGCGCUACCGCGCAUGCGGCGUCGUCUCAUCACGGCUACCCUCACCAUCGCAGUCACAACCAUCACCAUCAUCAGCAACAACACCACCACCUGCAAGGCAGUGGGGGGCACCACAACCCCAGCGUAACCUAUAGCAACGGUUACCUGAAUGGCUACAGUGAUGAGAAUGGAUAUGCGGGCUUUGACCACCGGUCAGUGUCGCCCACAAAGAUCAAUGGCAUGAGUGUCCUUCCUCCCUUGAGCAUAACAGGUGGGCCGGUGCAGAUCUCUCAGAGUCCUCCCACACCUGAGCAACUUCAGCAGCAGCUGCAGCACCCGCCUCCAAUGCCUCCAUCUGUUCCUCCUCACUUGCAGCAGACCUUCAGCCAUCCGCACACUGACAUUAGCACCCUGCCGCCGCCGCCACUUCCUUCUCAGCAUCAGCUGCCGCCGCCACCAGCCACUUCAGCCAGCAUCACCACCACUUCCAACAACAGCAGCAGCAGCAUUAACAACAGUAGUGGUUCUGGCAGUGGCAAGUCUACAGGCCACGGCAGCAGCUCCAAAUUCCAGGGCGUCCGAGGUCAUGCAGGCUCCAGGAGCAAGCAGAGCAGCGGUGUGAAAGAGGUGAAGUGA